GUGGGGUUGGUGAUGCGUCCCCUCCUGCCAUCCCUGAAGGCCGGUUGAUGGGCGCGCGGGUGGCCCGGGGGACCACCCUGGGUCCCGGGGGGGGGUGACGGUGGCUCCUUUGCUGGGCGGUUGGAGGAGGGAUGGGCUGCGCGUGGAUCCCCCCGCCCCCCCGCCCGCCCUCCCUCCCCGGGCUGGCUGGGUGUGGGCCGUGGCCCUGGGUUGGUGCCCGCGCGGUCUCUCCGCCCUUCUGCGUGGCUGUCGCGCGCCCGGUGGGGCUUGCGUGCUGCUGGAUGUGGUAGGGCAUGCUCGGGUUGGGGGUUCCGGUGCCGGGAUUGGCGAUGCGGCGGCGUAGGGUUGGUCGCCAACGGGCUUUCACUCAUAAGAGAUUCACACGAUUACUGGGUUCUAGAUCACAGAACUGAUUUGUGUACACUCUACCCCUUUCAAUCACUUAGUUUAUAGUCUUAUAGACACCCCCAUUCUCCUCUUUCACUGGCCAAUAGGCCCCCACAUGGUGUAAACCGGAAAUACAUCUCGCUGACGAUAGCACCAGCAUAUUAGUAGCUAGUUUAGAUGUUCAAUGUAUUUCUUGUUGUUGUUUGUGUAUGUGUUUCUUUUCUUUCUUCUCUUGUAUUUCUUUUCUUCUGUCCCCCCAUAAUCCCUUCCUGUUCGCUGCUUUGUCAUAAUAAAAAGGUAUUUUGAAUGAUCACAAUGGGAGUAUGUCAGACUCUCAAUGUGAAACAUUAAAACUGUUCAGAAUCCGGGCACUUAGACUUCCAUUCUCUGUGUCAAACAGCUGAACAGGACAGGUUUAAAAAAGAAAAAGAAAAAAGGCCAAUGAAGUCGUAAUUCGAUGUAACUUUACGUAAUAAAUUGAGAAAAAAGUUAAUUUGGCCCUCUGUGCGUGAAUGAAUUGGACGUCUGUUGCCGUCAAUGGCCUGCAAUUUGUUCAUUAAUAGGAUUUUUUUUAAAAUCCCACUCGGGGCUGGAAAUGGAGUCUACUUUUGUUUUUAAAUUUCAUGAUUUAGCUUUAAUCUAUAAUGUAUCAAUCAAGGUUAAUAAUAUAUGUAUAAAAUAAUAAUUGAUUUUAUUUAAGUUCAUUUAACAAUAAAAAAGUCACUUGCCCGAUAAAGGGUCUUAAAUCGCAGUCCAGUCGUGACCACACUAAGAUGGCCGCCGAGCCACAGUUUUCGCAUCUAGUUACACGUGUUAUCUAUGUGAAGGCGGCGGAUCUAGCUAGCUGGCUAGCUAAUAAGCUAUCAAAUACGCGGAUGAGCCUGCCUGCCCCCGACUGCAGAGUGCAGACGUUUGUGGCUGGAAAUUGAAGACUCGAGUCUUUGCCCCUUUAUCUCUGUGCGCGACUUGACGUGGCUUAGCCAAGUUCGGCCGAACUUGGGGCCGACCGGCUGGCGAGAUGUGGAGGCGGAGCCGGGGGAGCGAGGCUCUGGAGCGGGCGCAGGCGCUGCUUAAACUGGACGCCGACCGCCGGAGGAACCGCCACCAACGGACGUGCUAGGUAAACACCUAAGACACCAUCUGUUGAUUUGAGGUCAUUUCAUGUUGAUAUUUGGACACUUCCUGUUGAUUUGGGGGCAUUUUUGGGUCGCCUUCCGUCAAUAUCGGCAGGACCACAAGAGUGCAGGAGACCUAGAGUCUGACCCGAGUGAUGCCGCCCCGACCCCGCCGGCAGAGGUGCCGUCGUCCUUGUCGUCGUGCGGAACGGACCCGGGUCCGGGAAGCCGUUUCCUGAAAAAGACUGCGCCCGUCCUCGAGGACAGUUGGCGGCCGACGUCCGAGUCUGUUUCGCGAGCGUCGGCCCGGAUCGAGAGGCCUCGGGUCCUCGACCCCGCCCGCGGGGACACCCCCGUCGAAAGGAGCCAAAAUGCCGACGGUGACGAAGAGGAGGAGGCGGCGGCGGAAUACGACUCCGGCGGCUCUCGGUCUGAGAGCGCGGUGGCUACCGUUUCCGCGUCCUCCGUCCCAUCUUUGUCGUUGUACGAGCAAAGAAGCCUGGGCUCGCUCUCCCCUCCCGAAGACGUCGCCUCACCCCGGAGUCCGGCGCGCUCCCCCGACACGUCCGCCCCGCGGGAGGUCCUCUUCGCCGGAGAAGCCUUCCCGCUCGUUCGGGACCGGGCGUCCGACGCCGCCUCUGACCUAACGGGAGAAGAAGCUCGGACGGCGGGAGACGGCGAGGCGUCCUUUCGGCGGGACCGCUACGAAAGCGAUUUUGAAAGCGUCACGCCGGCGGACCAGGUUUCGGAGCACGCGGCGGAUGAGGACGGACGCGAGACGCCUUCGCGCGGGACGACGACGGAAGGCGAGGACGUGCCGUCGUCGCGGGCCGUCGUGCGCUUCAAAGACGCGGCGGCGCAGACGGACGCCAAGGCGCCUCCGACGAACGCCGAGGCGCCGCCGUUGGGCGGCGGCGCGACACCGGUAUCCACCGACGCGCUGCGGUGCCGGCUGGAAGCCGUGCGGCGCUUUGCCCGGGACGGCCGCAGGGAACGUGACCGCGCGGUCCGCGGCCUGGGGCCCCCCGACUACACGUACGCGACCCUACAGCGCGCCUUGGAGGUGAGUCGUCGUCCUGAUCAAACAGACAACGGAGGCGUGCGCGGAGCACGACCGACCGGCUUUACUUAACAGCCGUAGUUUUCCAAAGAUCAAUUGAGCCACGAGAUGAACUCUGUCUCGUUUGCUCCUGCAGACGAUCCGCCGGGCCAAAGCGAGCGAUGCCCGCACGUGGACGUGAGGGGACGAAGCGGGCCGGGCCGAGCCGAGCCGAAUCUCGCGCGACGACCAAGAACGGACAAACACGAUGGCGCGGUCAUCCGUUUAUUGGAAAACUGGCGGCGGUCAGAAGGGGUCGCCGAAGGGGUAGUCGGGGUGGCCGGCGUCCCGAGGAACAAAGCGGCCGUCCACCUUGGAGAAGGGAAAAGGGCGGAUUUUAGCCGAGCGGCGGUUUCCUCCGGAAAUUCGACUUACUUGGACGACGGGCAGGAUGUAGCGCCACUUUUUGUCCAGCGCCGUCACGUCGCUCAUCUCGUCCGGCGACAGGCUGAAGUCAAAUACCUGUUGUCAUUGCAACUGUUACAAGCCAUAUUUUUCAUCUGAAACUUCAAUCAACAGGAGGCGGAAAAAUCAAAUAAACAGGAAGUCACCCCCAAAUCUACAAGAAGGCUAGGUUCAUACUGCAGGUCUUAAUGCAAUUUUUUGUCCUAUGUUUUUUUGGUAUGCCCGUUCAGACCGCCUCGGUCCAUUGAGCCCGUUCAAGUAUUACACACGCGCACUGAUACACAGUCCAACACACGCUGAGGAAACCGACCCGCAUGCGUAGAAUCAUCAAAACAAAAAAGCUAUAGCUACUAGGCCUGAACGAUAUUGGAAAAAACUAUUGCUGCGAUUUUUUGGGGGGUUGCAAUAUAUUGCGAUAUUAUAUUGCGAUAUCUAAAAAAAAAUAUCUAUAUUUAUAUACAUAUGUAUAUAUUUUUUACAGACAAAUCUAUAUAUAUAUAUGUAUAUAUAUUUAUUUGAAUUGGAAAAAGAUACAUAUUAUACAUAUAUUAGACAUGUUUUUUUUUCAAAUUUUCCCCCCUAAAAUAUGCUUUAAAAAAUGUAUAUGGCUAACUUUAAAAAAUGAUUCACCCGCAUAUUUUAAAAUUUUAAACAAAUUACGUCACAAUGAAAAAUAUGGCGUCUGUAAAAAAGUCACGGAUAUCUACCUCAUAACUUUCGCUAAAUUGUAUUUUUUUUGUUACUGUCGCAUUUUCUCUGCUUUGUUAGAUGAUAAAUAACUUAUCCGAAAAAAGAAAAAUUGGGGGAAAAAACAUUUAACAGGGUAAAUAUAUGAAAAAGAAAACCUCGACUACUCCUUGAUGUCUGCGAUUUCUGCAUUGUGACCCCUGUUAUAGUACCAUGUUUCACCCAUAAGAUAAAAUAAAAUAAUCCAGCUGCGGCCAGUCACAGCUGUGUCUUGACACUCAGUGAUACAUGCGACAUGGAGUUUUUGGAUCGAAACAAGGUAAGUACGCGAUAAUAUCUCAUUAAAGUCAUGGUGUCUGUAAUUCUGCUCUCGCAUGCUCUCACCUCCAGCUAGGGUUUUGCUGUUUAAAAAACAUAAAAAAAAAAACAAAAAAAAACCUCCUGUUAAAAAUUUUUCUUCCCCCAGAAAGUUGAGAUUUUAAGAUUUCCAAUCAUGUACCACACGUGCAGAUCACCAAAUCAUUUUUAAACAAGAAUAAUGUACUGUUGUAGAAAAAUGCUUUGCUUUAUUUAAUGCUUCUGUUUAUCUACCUUGGCUGCAGAAUCACUUCUAGUGUUUAUUUCCAGGACACAGCACAACAGGUGUACAAAGCAUACUCAUUCGUCAGAACACCGGCUGUCACUAACGUUUCCACGCACACACAUUCAUUCCAGCGCACGCUUCCUUCAUGCAACACGUGCUUAACAAGUUAAACGACGAUUGAAAGAUGCGGUGCGUUUGAAGUCCGCCUCUGUGGCAAGAUCAAACACAACCAUCGUUAACUUUAAUAAGCAAGUGCGCAGAGGAACAAAGACCUAGGAGAGGGAGGGAGGGAGUGUGAGUGUCACUAAAGCAAUCAGCUCAGGACAGAGAAAGCAAGGAGCAACAUACUGGUACAUUUGUGGAUUAAAAAUAAAACUAUCGCACGUCCUUGCGAUGGGACUAUUGCACAUGCGCACAUCGCGAUGGCGGUGUUUAAACGAUAUAUCGUUCAGGCCUAAUAGCUACACACUGUGCGUGCAUGACAAACACAUAAGCCUUAUACAGUGGGGCAAAUAAGUAUUUAGUCAAGCACUAAUUGUGCAAGUUCUCCCGCUUGAAAAUAUUAGAGAGGCCUGUAAUCGUCACCAUGGGUAAACCUCAACCAUGAGAGACAGAAUGUGGGAAAGAAAUCACAUUGUUUGAUUUUUAAAGAAUUUAUUUGCAAAUCGUGGUGGAAAAUAAGUAUUUGGUCAAUACCAAAAGUUCAUCUAAAUACUUUGUUAUGUACAGUUUGUUGGCCAAACGUUUUCUGUAACUCUUCACAAGCUUUUCACACACCGUUGCUGGUGUUUUGGCCCAUUCCUCCAUGCAGAUCUCCUCUAGAGCGGUGAUGUUUUGGGGCUGUCGUUGGGCAACAUGGACUUUCAACUCCCUCCACAGAUUUUCUAAGGGGUUGAGAUCUGGAGACCGGCUAGGCCACUCCUGGACCUUGAAAUGCUCCUUACCAAGCCCUGGCUGUGUGUUUGGGAUCAUUGUCAUGCUGAAAGACCCAGCCACAUCUCAUCUUCAAUGCCCUUGCUGACAGAAGGAGAUUCUCACUCAAAAUCUCUCGAUACAUAGCCCCAUUCUCUUUCCUUUACACAGAUCGGUCGUCCUGGUCCCUUUGCAGAAAAACAGCCCCAAAGCAUGAUGUUUCCACCCCCAUGCUUCACGAUGGGUACGGUGUUCUUCGGAUGCAAUUCAGUAUUCUUUCUCCUCCAAACACGAGAACCUGUGUUUCUACCAAAAAGUUCUAUUUUGGUAUCAUCUGACCAUAACACAUUCUCCCAGUCCUCUUCCGGAUCAUCCAAAUGCUCUCGAGUGAACCGCAGACGGGCCCGGACGUGUACUGGCUUCAGCAGGGGGACGUGUCUGGCAGUGCAGGAUUUGAGUCCCCGGCGGCGCAUUGUGUUACUGAUGGUAGCCUUUGUUACUGUGGUCCCAGCUCUCUGUAGGUCAUUCGCUAGGCCUCCCCCCCGUGUGGUUCUGGGAUUUUUGCUCUCGUUCUUGUUAUCAUUUUGACGCCACGGGGUGAGAUCUUGCACGGAGCCCAAGAUCGAGGGAGAUUAUCAGUAGUCUUGUAUGUCUUCCAUUUUCUAAUAAUUGUUCCCACAGUUGAUUUCUUAACACCAAGUGUUUUACCUGUUGCAGAUUCAGUCUUCCCAGCCUGGUCUACAAUUUUGUCUCUGGUGUCCUUCGACAGCUCUUUGGUCUUGGCCAUAGUGGAGUUUGGAGUGUGACUGACUGAAGUUGUGGACAGGUGUCUUUUAUACCGAUAAUGAGUUAAAACAUUAAUACAGGUAACAAGUGGAGCCUCGUUAGAAGUUAGACCUCUUUGACGGCCAGAAAUCUUGCUUGUUUGCAGGUGACCAAAUACUUAUUUUCCACUCUAAUUUGGAAAUAAAUUCUUUAAAAAUCAAACAAUGUGAUUUUCUGUUUUUUUUCCCCCACAUUCUGUCUCUCAUGGUUGAGGUUUACCCAUGUUGACAAUUACAGGGCUCUGUAAUCUUUUCGAGGAGGAGAACUUGCACAUUUGGUGGUUGACUAGAUACUUAUUUGCCCCGACUUGGCCAUGUAGGCAAUACUGAAAUAUUGCUCAUUUGGAGCACAGUAGGAAAUUGAGCAUUAUCAGGCUGAUCCUUUUUUUCAUUUUAUUUUUUUAUGACUGUGGUCAAGCCUGCCUCCUGUGUAGUAAAAGCUUGGCGCUAAGGCUAAUGAACGGCUACAUCAGUGGCAUCUUGCGUGCUGCUCUUGCUCUUUGCUGAUGUAAUUGCUGCAUGAAUUCCAAUUUGGGAGACCUGACAGUUCAGACCGCUGCCACAAUCUGGAAAAAUGUGGCCCAGAUCAGAUUUAAACCACGUACGAAAGUGACCCAGAAAGGAUUUGAAAUGGUCCACUUUUAUGUGACUUGUCCCGUUCAGAUGGUCAAGUAAACUCGAGUCGGAAAAACCCCAAAAACUGAGAUUUGUGCAUUAAGACCCGGGGUAUGAACCUAGCCGAAGUGACCUGAAAAUGCCCCAAAAUCAACAGGAAUGGACCCAAAACAACUUUUUUAAAAAUAUUUAAGUCACCACCAAUAACUAUUUUUGACAUUGCCAUUGCCCAAAGACUUUCUUUCAGCAGUCCUUUUUGGCUAGGUUCAUACCGCAGGUCUUAAUGCACAAUUCCGAUUUUUUUGUCAUAUGAAUUUUUUUUGGCGUGCCCAUUCAGACUGCCUUUGUCCAUUGAACCCGUUCAAGUAUCACUAAGCCUGUCGCACAGUAAAUAAAAAUGAGGGCGGUCAUUUUUUUCACGGCUGCAAUUUAUCGCUGUGUGCAACCGGCACACAUGCGUGUUAAUUGCAUAUGAGACUCCAGUUGCUUUCACAGAUGUUUGUUGGCUAUCAACACGCUGUAGAAUUAAAGUUCAGACAUACAAAAUAAGGAAACACUUCUAUAUUAAACAUUGUAAAACGUGAGCAUUGCUACAUUGAGGCUAAUGGAAAAAGGACAAUGUACUAACCACUUUAGCCCGCUAUAAAACAUUGGCAAUCUUCUCCACAACGCAAAAUUGCGGUUAAAAGGUGACACUUCAAACAUGAAAACUAGCUGGAUUAAAGAAUUUGCAAGCAAUGCCAACAAAUUUAAAAAAUAUGACUGGCACCAUAUGCUUGACGAAAACAAAGUGCACUUUGUUUACUGAGUGUAAAGCAUACGGUUAGUGGCUUAGCAAAGGUACUGCCGCUGAACAUUUCAAAAUAAACGUCAUGCUCAGAUUUUUGGAGGCAAUCGCAUAUACUUUGGAUUCUACACUAAAAUAAAUUUAAAAAGACACCCAUUAUGAAAAAUCUGAUUGGCAGUGAUAAUAUGAUACAAUAAAUAAUCAUUUGGCUUCCAAUUUGUUGCAUGUGCGCAGGACAAGAUGACAGUCAUUUUGGAUCAAAUGAGCACUUUUAAUGGGCUGGCAGACAACAAAAAUGACAUUGGGUUUUCACCUAUUUCAUAUUCUGCACGUAACUAGCUUUAAAUUACUCAUGUAUUGUGUUUUUUUUAAUAUUUAUAAAUCCUAAUAUAGUGAGUGCUUUAUUUAAGAAUGGCAAUUUAUUGAAUUUGAAUAGGUGAUUUAUUAGGAUGUAUUGUCACUAUAUUCGUGGUCGAAUAGGUUAAAAAAAAAAAAAAAAAAAAGGGGCAAUAUCGCAUAUCGGCAAUCAUUUAUGGGACAAUAUUUCGGCUACUAAAAUUUGUUAUCGCAAAAGGCCGAAGUAUCACGCAUGCGCACUAAUUCGCAGUCGGAGACGCGCAGGAGCAUCAAAACUCCCAGCCGUGUAAGCAUUCUUGAAAUAUUGCUCAUUUAGAGCAGGGAGAAAACCGAGCAUUUUCUGCCCUAUCCUUAACCCAUUUGAUUUUUUUAUGACAGUUGUCAAGCCCGCUCCUUCCCCAAAAGCCGUGUUCAAACUAGAAGCUAACGCUAAUAAUGCACAGCUGCUCCACUACCGUAGUGGCCUGUCUGUCUCACUCUUUUCUGAUCUGAUUUCUGCAUGAAUUCCAAUUUUGGAGACUUGACAGUCCAGACUGCCGCCACAUUCUGGGAAAAAAAAAACACAUACGAAAGUGACCCAGAUGGGAUUUGAAACUGUCCACUUCUAUGCGACUUGUCCUGUUCAGACAGUCAAGUGAAUGCCUCAUUCGAUUCGGAAAAAAUCGGAUUCGUGCAUUAAGACCUGCGGUACCAACCUAGCCGAAGUGACCUGAAAGUGACCCAGAACGACUACUUUUGAAUUCGAGUCAUCAUCAACAGUGUUGGGAAUAACGCCAUUAUAAAUAACGUAAUCUAACUCAUUAUUUUUUUUACCGUUACUGACGGUCAAAAGCGGUGAGUUACUGACUCUGAAUAAAUUGAAGAAACUACCAGCCAUAGCGAGUCUGCUCUGUUUAUUUGUCAUCCAAGACUUUGGGUGCGUUCAGGUUCGAGAAUAGCGCACGUACUUCUUAUGACUCCAGGCUGUUUGUCCCUGCUCAUUCAAUUAUGCCCCUUUCCCACUGAAACUAGUGGGUCAACGUGCAUUUUUUCCAAGCCGAUGCAACCCACUAGCAAUUGGCACCUUUCCUAUUGACAAAAAAAAAAAAAAGCCGUCUUUUUUUGUUGUUGUUUUUUUCUCACCCGUCUAACUCCCCACCUCUCCUCAGCCGUGCGUAAGGUUACAUGACGUCACCACGCUAAAAUGCGCGUCGACAAUUCAUUCAGAUCAAGAAGUAAACAAUGCAGAGCAACAUGGAAGCGUCCUUUCCGUUGGUGUUCUCCGUUUUCAUGCUUUUUACUGCCCUCAAUUUGAUCGAAAUGCAACAAAGGAUCAACACUCUGCUUGUGCUGAGGCAACGUAGGCGACGUGAUAAAUGGGAGGCGACUGGCACGUUGUUAUGACGCAUCACGUAAGAGCCUACGUCCCCACGUGGAUUAGGGUGUUGACUGUUGACCCGGGGUUUUGCUUUCACACUGCAUGACGAUCAGAGCCGAGGUGAUUUUAACGCGGGUCGAUUGACACGGGUCGCUGCACCUUUCCCACUGCCACCAAAAGCCAAUUGUUAGUGGGUUGACACGGGUUUUUUGGCCAGUGGGAAAGGGGUAUAAGACGUUGCUUUCCAAAGCUUGCUAACGUUUCUGUGUUUGUUACACCUGAAUGCUAACCUCGAUCCCAUCCCCCACUGUCAGAAUGCUGCUUCCAUCUUGAGGAUGGCAGACACUUUGAGGACAAGGCGACCUGAAUGCACCUCCUGGUUAGAUGCGACAGAAGUGAUUGUGAUUGGCUGCGGGUUAGAGUCAUGUGUCAUGGUAAGCCAAUCAGAGCGGGUGUUUUCACACACAAACCGGAACAGCGCGUGCGGCAAACACACACGCACGCAAAACAGAUGCAGAGGGAUAUGAUGGCAGAGCAUUCAGAGAAAAAUUUGUCCUUUACGUGGUGGAGAUAUAAACACUAUUUCAAGUUGGUCGAAAUGAAAGGAAAGAACGUGCAUGUAAAGUGUCAUUUAUGUCACGGGCCAAAUAUAUAUUUAAAUAAAGAAAUAUUACAAGGUUCUAUAACACAACUACCUGUCUGUUCUUCUCUAUUCAACUGACUCAAAUAGUGCUCAGAAAAUUUCAAAUUCUUUGACAUACAACAAGUUCUUUUUAAAGUAACAGAAAUAGUCACUUUCCCUGGUAACUAGUUACUUUUGCUAUAGAGUAAUUCAGUUACUAACUCAGUUACUUUUUGGAAGAAGUAGUGAGUAACUAGAACUAAUUACUUUUUCAAAGUCACAUGCCCAACACUGAUCACCAAUGACUAUUUUUGACUUUGCCUUGCCCAAAGACCCCAGUGCAGUGGUACCUCGAGAUACCAAAUGAAUUGCUGGCUUUCAUAGGAUUUUUUUUUUGGUACGAUGAAUGGCGCUGGUUACUGUAGAUAUAUACUUCCUUUUAUUCACAGAAAUAUUCAACUUUUUUCUCCUCCAUUAUACAUGUAAAUGGCUUAGUUGAAACACCAAAUUAAAUUUGCUGUCAUGUUUUUGUUUGCAAUGCUUUGUCAUCCCCUAGUGGCACUUCUGCGUAACUCGUUUAUGAGGCUCAUUCGACAGACGUUAUCGCAUGACUACCGGAUUUUCUAACAAACACGGAGACCGGCUAACUGUCUAGCCAUUUCAACUGGCUGUUUGGAAGUUCUUUUGUUUCAUAGUUUUCCUUUUUUUAACU